AUGUCUGAAAUUUUACCACGUUCUGAUGAUUUGGAUGCCACUUGGUCGUUUAUCGAACCAGGUAUUAGACAAAUUUUAGGUGCGGAUGAUUCAAGUUCAUUUUCUACUAAAAGAGUUAGUAAGAUUCUUUCUCCAACAAUGUAUAUGGAAGUUUACACUGCCAUUUAUAAUUAUUGUGUGAAUAAAUCAAGAUCUUCCGGCCAAUUGCAUCAUAAUAGUAAUAAUCAUACUCAUGGAAUGGAUAGUUCCACCAUUAAACAAUCUACAAACCAAUCUUCAAUUUUGGUUGGUAGUGAAAUUUAUUGUAAAUUAAAUGAAUAUUUAAAAAGUUAUAUUACAAGUUUUAAAAAAAAUAAAGAUGAAUCAUUUUUACAAUUCUAUGUUAGAAGAUGGAAAAGAUUUACCAUUGGUGCCAUUUUUUUGAAUCAUGCCUUUGAUUAUAUGAAUAGAUAUUGGGUCCAAAAGGAAAGAAGUGAUGGUAAAAGAGAUAUUUUUGAUGUUAAUACCCUAUGUUUAAUGACAUGGAAAAAAGUUUUAUUUGAUCAAAAUUAUGAAUUAUUAGUUAAAGAAAUUUUAGAACAAAUAACAAUUGAAAGAGAUGGUGGGAUUAUUAAAAAAAAUAAUAUUACAACUGCAAUUAAGUCCUUUGUAGCUCUUGGUAUAGAUCCUCAGGAUUUGAAAAAGUUAAAUUUAAACGUUUACAUUCAAAAUUUUGAAAAAUCUUUCCUAUCAAACACAAGAGAUUAUUAUACUCAAUAUUCAAAUGAUUACUUAUCAAAUCAUUCCGUUACUGAAUAUAUCUUCCAAGCUCAUGAAAUUAUAUUAAAAGAAGAAGGUGCUAUGUCAAUGUAUUGGGAUGAUCAUACAAGAAAACCUUUAUCUGAAACAUUAAAUAGUGUAUUAAUUGUCGACCACGCACCAAGUUUACAAGAUGAAUUUUUAGUCUUAUUAGAUUCAAGAGAUCAAGCAAAGAUAACUGCAUUGUAUAAUUUGAUGCAAAGAGAUUUUGUUCUAUUACCUGAAUUAGCCAGUAAAUUUGAAACAUAUGUUAAAAAAGCUGGUGAAAAUGAAAUAUCUGAAUUAUUAUCCAUUCACAAAGCUGAACUUUUAAAGACAAUGAAUGAUCAUUCAAAUCCAAAUAUUAAAAAACAACAACAAAAUAAUAAUAAUCAUUCAAUUAAUCAAUCAUUAGCACCAAAGGAUUAUAUUAAAAAAUUAAUUAAAGUUCAUGAUACUUUUUUCAAUAUUACAAAUAAUUGUUUUUUAAAUGAUCCACUUUUCACAAAGGCCUUAGAUAAUGCAUGUAGAGCCUUUGUUAAUUCUAAUGAAUUUGCAUUACCACAAGGCUCCCCUAGAUCUGCUACUUCAAAGACUCCUGAAAUGUUGGCCAAAUAUUGUGAUCAAUUAUUGAAAAAAUCUACCAAACCAGAAAUCUUGGAAGAUAUGAGUGUUGAUGAUGUUAUGAUGAUUUUCAAGUUUUUAACUGAUAAAGAUGCAUUUGAAUCCCAUUAUCGUAGAUUAUUUGCCAAGAGAUUGAUUCAUGGUACUUCUACUAGUGAUACCAAUGAAGAAAUGAUUAUUCAAAGAUUACAAAAUGAAAAUAGUAUGGAAUACACGGGUAAAAUCACCAAGAUGUUCCAAGAUGUUAGAAUAUCCAAGAUUUUGGAAGAAGAUUUCGAUAAAGCUGUGAAGGGCUUACCAGAUUAUACAAGAAAUAAAUUCCCAUCCACACAACCAUUUAUAUUGGCAGAAACUAUGUGGCCAUUUUCAUAUCAAAAAGUGGAUUUCAUAUUACCAAAGGAAAUUCAACCAUCGCAUAAGAAAUUAGCAGAAAUGUAUCAAGAUAAGCAUAGUGGUAGAAUUUUGAAAUGGCUAUGGCCAUUAUGUCGUGCAGAAUUGAAAGCGGAUAUCGGUAAGCCUGGCCGUCCACCAUUCCAUUUCACUGUAACAUUAUUCCAAAUGUCUAUAUUAUUAUUAUUUAAUGAUAAUGAUAGAGUCACAUUAUCUCAAAUCCAUGAAGGUACUGGUUUAACAGUACAGAACAUUGCUGCUGCAUUGGUACCAUUUAUAAAAUUCAAAUUAAUCAUCCAAAAUCCACCAGGUUUAGAAAAUAUUAUUAAGCCAGAAACUCAAUUUGCCAUUGCACGUCCAUAUAAAGCUUUAAAGACUAAAAUCAAUUUUGCUGGCGGUAUUAAAAACGAUGUUUUAAGUAUAUUAGAUCGUAAGAAUGCACAAAACCUCAAUAAUUCAAACAAUAAUAAUAAUAACGAUAAUAAUAACACUGGUAAUAAUAUGAAUUCCACAGAUGAUAAAGAUUUAACAGAAAAUGAAAAAAUUGAAAAAGAAUUGGCCACAGAAAGACAAAUGUUCCUUGAAGCAUGUAUAGUAAGAAUCAUGAAAGCCAAGAGGCAAUUACCACAUACAACGUUGGUCAAUGAAUGUAUGGCUCAAGCUCAUCAACGGUUUGUAGCAAAGAUUUCUAUGAUCAAAAGAGCUAUCGAUAGUUUAAUUCAAAAAGAAUAUUUAGAAAGAUGUAAUGAUGGUGAAUCAUAUAGAUAUUUAGCAUAA